GAAAACAACAACUAACCCAUAAAAACGUAACAGGACAUCAGCAGCAAGUACAGUGCACGGUCCGAUAAUGGAACCCGUCUCCCCCGACUCUUGAUUUAGCGGGGUGGGCAGCCUCCACUGUCUGUCAAACGACCACACUGACGCAGCAGGCGCUAGAAGGACACGCACGUCGCCUGGACACUUGGACAGUGGGACAAGCACCUGACGGUUUUUUUUUGUGUGUUUGUUUUUUUUUUAUUAUCGAGGCCGCGAGCGGUGCCGCGGGGGUGAAAAGAAUAAACGCUUGUCCGAUAAUGGAACCCGCUUUAGCUGGAAGGUGGCCCGAGGUUUAAAUCUCCCAACAGCAGCUGCUCUUCUGUCUGUCUACGGUAAGACAGUGGAGGGUAGACAGGCGACGGCAUGACAGAGGAGAAAUGUCCCCAGCUGGUGGACUACUUUGUAGUGGCCGGUCUGGACCCCGGGGGCCAGUGGAGGCCCCUGGAUGAGGAUGGAAAAGCCUCGUCCUCGUCCUCCUCCUCAUCCCCGUCCUCGUCGUCCUCGGGCUCGUCAGGCCGGGCGGUGGAGCCGGUCACAGACCUGGUGGUCAUCGCCAAGGGGCUCGGGGAGGAAGUGCCUGAGGGCUUCACGUGCAUCGAGAAGACGCUCGGCGGACACUCGGCCGAGCUGAGCGCCGGCCUCAUCAACAACCCGCAUCUGUACCUGUGCUACCGCCGGGGUCGAGACAAACCGCCCGUCCUGGACCUCGGGGUUCUGUAUGAAGGGAAGGAGCAGCUGAAGCAGGGCUGGUACGUCAUCGAGACGACGCCCUACAGCCGCUCGGCCAGCCUGAGCGCCGGCGGCGGCCCGACCGCUCACCGGGUGUUCCUGACGUAUCGCCGGGCUCUGGACUCGCAGGGUCUCCACACGCUGGGCGUCACCGACAUCGCCCUGCUGCUGCCCAGCAAGGGGGAGGUGGCGCCGCACACUUUCUCUCGCGUCGAAAAGAACCUAAACACCGGCAUGUGGGGUCCAGGCCUGUACCUGUGCUACAAGAGAGCGGUGGCCAAAGCCAACGCGCUGGUCUACGAAGCCAGUCUGAUCAGCCGUUACCCUGAGGAGGACCUGGAGGCAUUCCCUCUGCCAGAGUCCGUUCCAGUCUUCUGUUUGCCGAUGGGCGUCACUGUGGAGAGCUGGCCUCUGAACACAAAGUACCAGCUGCCCGUCUUCUCCACCUUCGUCCUCACGUCCGCCUCCGGGGACAAGGUUUACGGUGCCGCCAUCCAGUUCUACGAGUCCUUCCAGAGGGAGCUGCUGUCGGAGCGGCAGAGUGUGAGGCUGGGUCUGCUCAGCGUGGUGGACCGGCGGCCCAUCACCAGCCGCAGCCUGCAGGUGAAGAAGAGCAUCUGUGUGUUGUCACACUGGCCCUUCUUCAACGUCUUCCAGAAGUUUCUCACCUUCAUCUACAGAUACUCCAUCUCCGGACCUCACGUGCUGCCACUAGAGAAACACAUAUCCAGCUUCAUGCACAACGUCCCGUUUCCUUCUCCCCAGCGUCCUCGCAUCCUUGUUCAGCUGUCUCCAUAUGACAACCUGCUGCUGUGUCAGCCGGUCUCCUCUCCACUGCCACUCAGUGGUGCGAGCUACCUGAAGCUGCUACAGAACCUCGGUCCAGAAAACGCCUGCACGCUGCUGCUCGCCGUCCUCACCGAACACAAACUGCUGCUGCACUCGCUGCGGCCCGACGUCCUCACGUCUGUCAGCGAGGCGCUCAUCUCUGUGAGUUUCCCGCUGCGCUGGCUCUGUCCGUACAUCCCUCUGUGUCCGCUGCAGAUGGCCGACGUGCUGCUGGCGCCGAUGCCUUUCGUCGUUGGUGUCCACUCCAGCUACUUUGACCUGUACGACCCCCCCGCAGACGUGGUGUGCGUCGACCUGGACACCAACACCAUCUUCCAGUCGGAUGAAAAGAAGCCGUUGUCAUGGCGAUCGUUGCCCAGGAGGCCCGGCAAGGCGCUGUUCAACACUCUCACCAGCCUCCACAAGACCCUGGAGAAGAUUUGCACACCUGGCCAGGAGGAGGCGACACUGGAGUUCCUGCUCACCGACUACGACCAGAUCUACCGGCGUCAGAAACAGCUGGAGCUGGAGAUCCAGGAAGGCUUUCUGCGUUUCAUGAGCUGCCUGCUGCGAGGAUACCGCUCCUUCCUGCUGCCCAUUACACAGGCACCGUCUGACACCACCACUGACUGCAGUUCCCUCUUCAACCUGCAGGGUUUCCUGAAAUCUCGCGAUCGGACGCAGCAGAAGUUUUACAACCAGCUGACGAGAACCCAGAUGUUCACUCAGUUCAUCGAGGAGUGCUCCUUCGUCAGCGACCGCCACGCCUGCCUCGAGUUCUUCGACGAGUGCGUCCAGAAGGUGGACGUGGAGAAGCCGGAGGAGGUGAGAUUGAUCGAUCUGGACGAGACUCACAGCGGAGAACACACCGUCUUCAUCAUGCCGCCAGAGGAGCCGCAGGAAGCAGACGGCUCAGAGUGUCCCGCCCUCUACAGCUAUGAGACGUUCCCCACUCUGAGGCCCGAGCUCUUUGACCAGCCGCAGGACCAGCUCCGCCCCCCGGCCAAAGGCAGCGCCCCCAGUAGCCCUGCCCCUCGACGCACCAAACAGGAGAUCAAGUUGGCGCAGAAGCGAGCGCAGAAGUACGCGUCCGUCCCGGACAUGUGGUCCAAGUGUCUGCUGGGUCACUGUUACGGCCUCUGGUUCAUCUACCUGCCCACGUUUGUGCGCGCCGAGAGCGCCAAGGUCCGCACCCUGCACACGGCCUACGACGUCCUCAAACACAUGGAGAACAGGAAGGUGGUGCUGCCGGACGAGGUGUGUUACCGGAUCCUGAUGCAGCUGUGCGGUCAGUACGGGCAGCCGGUCCUCGCUGUUCGAGUCCUGCUGGAGAUGAAGAAGGCGGGAAUCACGCCCAACACCAUCACCUACGGCUACUACAACAAGGCGGUGCUGGAGAGCAAGUGGCCCUCAACCAAUCAGGGCGGGCGUCUCCGCUGGGCCAAGCUGAGGAACGUCCUGCUCGCUGUGGCCCAGUUUAGACGGCCGUUAAAGCGGAAGAAGAGCGGCUCGGUGGGGUCUCGAGGAGAAGCGAUGACAGAACCUGACCAGAGGCUCCACCCCCAGUCCACUCUGAUUCGUCAGUCCAGUUGGAGCGGUCUGUCUGAAAGCUCCAGUCACGAGUCCCUGACUGGUCCACUGGUGAAGAGCAACAGUCUGAGCAGCAUGAAGACGUCGUCUGACAAGGUGAAACUCUUUAAGAAGACGAUGCUUCGCAACGCCGGGACAGACAGCUGUGGGGAAGCCGUCUCCCGUAAGCCGCCGCUGGGUCCCAGAGACGCGUCGGCCACACCUCCAGCGCCCCCUGUUGGUGGUGGUGUCCUGGUGAAGCGGAGUCAGGUUUGCCUCUCCAACUUUUACAAAGAGUGUGCAGAGUCUGCCGGCUCGGAGCCGGACUGCAGCUGUCAGCCUGCGGAGAGAGACGGACGGCCAGUGGGUGUGCGUGACACGGCCGGAAGAAACAAGGUUGUAGAUGAGAACUACAACAACGUGUCUUCCCCGAGCAGAGGUUUGGCCGGGAAACUGCAGCAGCUCCUCACUCCGACCAGACACCGAGUGUCCGUGCGACGAGCCGCCAGCGUGGACGACCGGCGGCCGGGAGGAGGAGGAGGAGGCGUCGGACGAAGAGUGUCUGAGCAGAGACAGUCGAGGAAAGCUCAGGUGGCUGAAACUCUGCUGAAGGCCAAAGAUCGACUGGUCAACGCCACGUCAGAGAGUUCAUUGUCUGUAGGAAGUGACCUCGACUUGACGGACACACCCACUGCUGCGUUUCCUCUGCGCAGGUCCUGGGACGCUAAUCAGGAGGCGGCAGGACUCGAGGUGUUGAUAUCCAGCUGCUCUCUGUGUCGCAGCUGUAACUCGUUGGUCUAUGACGAGGAGAUCAUGGCCGGCUGGACGUCGGACGACUCAAACCUGAACUCGUCGUGUCCGUUCUGCGGCGCCUCCUUCGUGCCCUUCCUGAACGCUGAGGUCUGUGACCUCGGGCCGGUCAGCAGUGUAGAGCGGAAUAACUGGAACGUGGAGGAUGACGUGGAGAGCGCGGUGAGGCCCCCCAGUGUUCAGGAGGCGUCACUGCGUCAGUGUAACGGCGUCAGCGAAGACUCCAGCUCUGAGACCAGCAGCUACUCUGAGAACAGCAGAACCACCACGGGCUCGUCAGUGGGCGGGGCUCCUCAGGUGACAGUUGCGUACCUGAGCCCCCUGGUGGUGAGGAAGGAGCUGGAGAGUCUCCUGGAGAACGAGGGCGAGGCGGUGCUGGCUCAGCCUCAGUUCCUCGACAACCACUCCAUCAUCUUCUGGAACCUGGUGUGGUACUUCCAGCGCCUCGGCCUCCCCAGUAACCUGCUGCAGCUGGUCCGAGCCUCGCCGCUCGUCAGCCACUUCACCCAGUCGGAGAGCUCGGCGGUGAGGGUGAGGCUGCUGUGGGACACCCUGUCCCCCGACACAGACCAGUGGCCUCCUCUCUACGUCCUCUGGAGGAUCCACAGUGGCGUCCCGAUGAGAAUCUACAGCUGGCGGAGACACAACCACCCCUUCACGUUGUCCUUCCUGGAGGAGGUGCUGCGCUGGGUUGGUAUGAACGAGGUGCACAAGGCCGUCACGCUCUUCCUGGACACGCUGGACAAACAGCCGGGGUCACCUCGAAUACAGAGGAGUUUGUACAGAGAGUUCCUCUUCCUCACGCUGGCUGCGAUGGGCAAAGAUCACGUCGCUGCGUUCGAUAAGAAGUAUAAGGCGGCGUACUCGCGCCUCAGCAGCACGCUCGGCCGCGACGAGCUGCGGAACAAGAGAGUGCAGCCUCCGAGCGCCAAAGCCGUCGACUGCAGACGCAGCUUCCACCCGCCGCUCGAGUGCUGACGACCUUCCCCGCUGAACCCCCGGGAUCCCCCGCUGCCCUCGUGCCUGCUCGUGUUCUCCGCCUCCCUGCUGCCCCCUGGUGGACGUCGCAGGACUGCGCUGCCUCUCCCCUCCUCCUCGAGCGUUGCGACGCGUGUCGUCUGAAGGAAAGAGCAGAUGUUUGCAGAUGUUUGCAGAUGUUCGUGCAUGUUGGAUCCGAUCAGUUUUGUUGGUGUUUUCCUCUAUCAUAAAAAAAAAAAAACGGACGAUAAAAAACGUGACGUGAAAGUCUCUGCGGGAGUUCGUUGUCGUCCGAAAAUUCUCUAAGGACAAAAACUUGUGAUGGCGCUCGACUCGCCUCUUGUGUUUGCGUCGGCUGUCAUUCUGUCUCCUCGUGUAAAGUCUGUACAGCAAAACAAAACAAUGUAGAUAAAUAUUAUUUAUGGACUCGAUUAUUACGCGAUAACGCUGAGAAAAGCAUUGCGGUUAUAUAACGUUUUUAUCACGUUGUGGUUUUUUUAUUGUUAUUAUUUUAUCUCCUGAUGUAAUUUAAAGGGACGACGAUGCCUGAGGAAAAGUUCGGAGUGAAAAAUAAGA